AAGAUUAUAACUAUUAGUACCUACUAUAUAAUAAAAGUUUAGUUGUGUGUUUUUUGUGUGAGGAAGUGUAGCUUGCAUACAUGGGGAUCAAUGAGAGUGCAUGAGGAAGCAUCAACAGAGAUGUUAUUUGUAAUACAUAAGAGGAGGAGUGGUCAUUUUGUACCUCUAUAUUUCUGCCAUAGGACCACACUAUGGAUUGAGAAAUUAGUAUCGUCCUUGACUGAAUUGAAAUGGAUAAAAGGGUAAAACUUAAAAGGAUCCCGAUCCCGGGCCCAUUAAUGUCUUCUCAAACCUUCAGCCACACUCUCCCACAGGGGUGGUGAAUCUAGACUUAUCCACACUUCCCCCACGGAAACCAUUUCCCCUUUGUAAAUUGUUGGAUAUUUGUUCUUCCAGUUCUUCAAUUUAUGGCCGAAUUUCCGGUGGGCGGGUCACCUCUUCAAAAUCAAUUUUGGUCGAGAAUCAAACAAAACCAAUAUUCUGGGGAGAUUUGAGAGGUUGUGUGGUGGUGAGUGCAAGUGCGGACUAAGAUUUAAACCCGCAUGAAAAUGAAGGACUGCAAAAGCGAGAUGAUGAGAAAAUGUUCCUCCGAUUUCCAGUUUAUAACUUACGACGCUCUCUUGCAGUAGCAGCAGCAAUAAGCACCAACCCAUCAUUUUCCGGCGCUGCAACGAACUGCGGGUAUACCUUUACGUACCCGGAAAUCAAUUUCAUCUCCUGCAACGAUCAGAUUGCCUGCGAUGUGGGUAAGGAGUCGAGUUUUGAGGAACUGGAGCUCUUUGCUCGGUUGCUGCGAAAUGGGUCAGUACCCAAACCUCAUUACCUCAGCAGAGUUGUCUCUGCCUGUGCAAACUCGUCAUCUCUGUACGUGGGAGAGCAAGUUCACUCCACAAUUAUCAAGCUCGGCUUUGAUUCUAACGUAUUCAUCAAUAGUGCCCUCGUAAAUAUGUAUGGUAACUUCGAUUGCAUUUUGUCGGCACAACAGAUGUUCGAUGAAAUGCCUGAAAGAAAUGUGGUCUCUUGGAAUUCCUUGAUAACCGCUUAUCUGCAUGCUGGGUUUCCCCAUAUUGCCGUUGAAGUGUCCUUGGAGAUGCUCAAACUUGGUUUAGCUCCAAAUCCAUCUACUAUAUCUGCUCUUCUAGUGGCUUGUUCGCGAGUACAAGAGGGAGAGUUGGGAAUUCAGGUACACGCUCUUGGUCUGAAGUCUGGCAUUUCCUCUAAUAUCUUUGUGGGAACAGGCUUGAUUGACAUGUACUCGAAGUGCUCAAACGUUGAUGAUGCGAAGAGAGUAUUUGAUCACUUGCCAUAUAGAAAUACAGUUACGUGGACUUCAAUGGUCACUGGAUAUGCACAGCAUCAACAAUCUAAUGAGGCCAUGAUUCUGACAGGAGAAAUGCGGCGUUUGGGUGUCAAACUGAAUAGCAUAACCUAUAACAGUCUUUUGAGCUCAUGUUCUAGUCCGAGUGAUUUGGAUCACGGCAAGCAAGUUCACUGCCAAGUAAUCCAACAAGGCUUGGAGUCCAGCACGUAUAUAGUAGUUUCCCUCAUGACAAUGUAUUCAGAAUGUGGUUCUUUGGAGGAAUUCUGUAAGAUGUGCCCUACCAUGUCAACCUGGGAUCAGAUAAUAUGGAACUCUGUCAUUGCUGGUUUUUCUCAUUUAGGAAAGGGUGAGCAGGCCCUUGAAUGCUUUGCUAGAAUGAGGAAGGCUUGUAUAGCAACUGACAUCUUCACAUUCACAAGCAUCCUAAGAGCUAUAGGAAUUCUCUCAGCUUUCGAAGAAGGGAAGCUAACUCAUGCUCUGAUUCUCAAAUCUGGGUAUGCAUCGCAUGUUAAUAUCCAGAAUGGCCUUGUUACCAUGUAUGCUAGAUGUGGCUCAAUUGAUGAUUCAAAGCAGGUCUUCUCAUCAAUGGAUCAACCUGAUUUGGUUUCAUGGAAUUCACUGCUAUCUGGAUGUGCUCAACAUGGUUAUGGUAUGGAGGCUGUAGAUUUAUUUGAGCACAUGAGAAGAACUGGUAUCAGACCAGACCAUACCACUUUCCUUUCAGUGCUCUCUGCAUGUAGUCAUGUUGGGUUGAUUGAUAAGGGGCUUGAAUGUUUUGAUUUGAUGAGAUGUGAUAAUUCAGUCGAAGCCCCAAGAGCAGAGCACUAUGCUUGCAUUGUUGAUGUUCUUGGCCGAGCAGGGUGUCUCUAUGAAGCGGAAUACUUUGUAAAUAACAUGGGUAUAGAGCCGGGACCCUCUGCCUACAAAGCUUUGCUGAGUGCCUGCCAAGUUCAUGGAAAUGUAGAUAUCGCAAUGCGUUCUGCCAAGAAACUUCUUGAACUUAGGCCUAAUGAUCCUGCAACAUAUGUGUUGCUAGCAAAUAUCUUGGCAACUGGGGGUUGUUGGGAGGAUGCCACAGAAAUGCGGAGACUUAUGUGUGAGAGAGGAGUGAGGAAGAAGCCAGGUUAUAGUUGGAUUGAGGUUAACAACCAGAAUUAUGCUCCUCUGUUAGAAGGGGGAGCAGGUGACUUGUCCUGUACCAGUGUUGUGGAAGUGGUCACACAGUAGAUAGUCAUGCCUCUGAUGGUUGGAUUGGAAGGAUCUAACAUGUCGAUCGAACAAAGAUGUUUAAGUUAACUGGUUAAGUAAGAAUUCACUGGGAGAGUUUCCAUACAUGAGAUAUUUCAUGUGUAUCCAUGAGAACCCAGAAAAGGAAAUCUAAAUGGUUGUUCACUGAUA